CACCGGAAGUGAAACAAAACCAGUUUAGUUGAAGCGAAAGGUAAAACUGACAACAUUUUCUAUCUUACAUCAGAGAGCUGUUGUCUACCCCUGUUGAAACAAUGUCUGACAGAGGCGGACGAGGUCAUGAGCCGGUGGGAUUGGACGGUCUACCUCCGCUGCACAGCAUUGCCAAAGGAGAGGUAGUCUCUGUGCAAAGUUAUGGAGCAUUCAUCCGACUGCCAGGGUACAGGAAACAAGGUUUGGUCCAUGUGAGCGAGAUGUCUGCCUCCAGAGUUGAAAACCCCUCUGAAAUCGUUGAUGUUGGGGAACAAGUGUGGAUCAAAGUAAUUGGGCGAGAGAUUCAAGGUGACAAAGUGAAGCUGUCCUUCUCCAUGAAGGCUGUAAAUCAGGGGACAGGACAGGACUUGGACCCAAACAAUGUUAUGGCAGAUCAGGAUGCGAGGCGACGAAGGCAGUUCAAAGAUCAUACCAACAACAGGAUCACUCUGGAGGCUGUGCUCAACACAACGUGUUCAAAGUGUGGCUGCAAAGGUCACUUUACAAAGGAUUGUUUCUCAGCUCCGGGCUUGCAGUACGCUCUUGUGCCAGAAGAGGACAAUGAAGAGACACAACAGCAGCAGCAGUCAGCCAGCCAAAGACCACAGCAGGAUUCAGACAGAAAGAAGAAAAAGAAGGAAAAGAAAAUGAAGAAGAAGAAAAAGAGGGAGAGAAAGGAGUCAGAGAGUGGCAGCAGUGACAGCAGCAGCGAAUGUAAACCGAAAAGGAGGCGUCAUAGCAACAGUCUGGACAGACAGGAUAAAAAAAAGAAGAAACACAAGAAACAGAAAUCACAUAAACACAGCUGAGGCAAGGAUUUAAGAAAAGAGCCCACAUUCAGUGAGACCACCACUAUCUGCGCAUUUUAAGUGUUGGUGGGGAAAAAAAGCGAACUAUAGUAAUUUCUGUAGCAAUCAAGCUAUUUUAUUUUGGCGGUAUGCCUUUUCCUGUGAAAGCAAAAAGGAAGAUGCUUUAAAAAAAAAAAAAAACUGGUCAUGUGAUCAUCCCUGUUUGUCCUGUAGUAACCUCUGACGCCCACAUUGAGACCAGCAUACGUAUCUUGUGUAAUCAAAUAUGUGUAAAUGAUAUGGCAGCAGGAGCCAGUGGUCUUUUUGAAAUUCAGAUAUUGUUUACUGCUAUCCGGUUUCUAAUGCUGGGGGAAAAUCAAUGAACGUGCAGAAGCUGACAGGAAACACAGGAAAUGUCACAAACGUUACCGCACCAGGAUCCUCGUGUUAUGGGGACAUCCGAUUUCUGUUUAUAGGGCAUUGUACAUGCAUGUUUUUGUGUGAGUGUAUCCUAAACUGCUGACUCCAUUAAAGCAGUUUUUACCUGUAAAGGCCACAAAGCACCUCCUGACUCCUUUGUUCACAGACCUUGAAGUCAUAAUGGUGUUGUUUAAAUGUGCCCUAGAGGCCAGAGCCCAUCUCAACACAAGGUCAUGUUUAGUUAAUGUUUUCAAGCAAACUGGUCAGUCAUAGUUGUUAAAACUCUGAGCUUUCUGUCUGAUUUUCAUCUUUUAAAGCCAUAAAUAGUUGAUAAUUAUUGAUUGAUUUAUGCACAAUGUAAAGAAAGAAAAUUAUACUUAAAUUUUUACAGUAUUUUUCAUAAAUGCAUCCAAUUUUAAUCUUUAUAUUUAGUCCUUCUUCCCCUAAAACCCUUAGUAAUAUUCAAUGCAAGCAACUGGCCACUUAAACCCAUAUUUGAUUUAAACAAACAAGACACCAAUAACCUCGAAAACUCAUAUUCUAUUCACAGUUGACCUGUUAAAGGUCUGCUAAAGGGCAAAUAUGCAACACAUAGAAAACUAGCACUGGUUUACACAUCAACCCAAACAAACAAUCCUCAUGGUUUCGAUGGGUAGUGUCAGUAUCAUGCUGUGGGCUUGUUUUUCUGAGUAUGGACAGAGUUAAUAAUAGAGCUAAAAAAAAGCUAAUCCUGAAAAAGGAAACUUGCUUGAGAAAAGGCCUCAGACCAAAGGUUCAAGAUGGACAGGAAGCAUAAAGCCAACACUACAAUAGAGUGAUAGAGAUUGAAGUGGAUUCAUGUGUUUAUAGUCAGUAUUUAGAUUAUAAAACUAUAGAAAGAGUUGACAACUAAUGUCCAUGCUUCCUGCUGUUUUUCAAAAAGAAAAAAGGCGGAAAGCAUGCAGAGUUACAUCCUCUAAGCAUUAGUAGCUGCAGCUGCUGUGAAAAGUCACUCCACAAAGAACCGACUCAGAAUGAAUACAGAUGGUCUGCAUAUUUCAGAUUAUUUGCCAUGAAAAUAGAAAGUAGAAAAUAGAAGAAUACAUAAUUUCCAUUUCCUUUCAUAAUUGAACACAACUUCAUGUUUGUCCAGCAUCUUAGUAAAAACGGCAUGAAAUAUGUGGUUAUGAUGCAAAAUGUUAAAUAAGUACUUUAUGUCUGAUUUUCUGCAGUUGCAAUCGGAAUGUAAGAACUUUUUUUUUAUUUAACCCAAACGCAGUUAAUGCUUGUGAGACCAAUGGAUUAUUUCUGGAUGGAGUGGUUUGAUACAGCUCCAGUGCACCCCAAUGGCAAUAA